UUCACAAUUUUUAUUUUCCUGUUGCCAAAAAGUUUACAUUUUGAGGUACGGUAGUUCAGAACAGUUAGAGUAUUAUGUUAUUCUGAGCUUUCUCUGUAGUUCUGCUGCUGGAGGACAAACUGACCACUUUUCCUAACUCUGUUAGAGUUAAAUAUUUUUCUACUCUAUGUAGCAUGCAUUCUUUGCUGUUAUUCCAGUGAACUUUAAUGUUUUCCCUUAGUUUUUGUCUCUUCAUAAAAAUCACAUCUGGCCUAGGGUUAUUAUACUAAUAAGUAUUAGUAUCAUAAUUAUGAUUAGCAUACUAGUAAUAUAGUACUAGUACUAGUACCAUUACUACUAGUAGUACUAGUGGUAGUAUUCGCGAAUCCUGAACCAUAUUCAUGUAUAUGUCCUGAAUUACGUCAGAUUCGCGCAAUAGAAAACCGAGCUGUGAUUGGCUGAAAAUAAACACCAUACGAAAUACAGGAAGACACUCUGGAAAACGCCGGAAGACGAACCAGGGAACAGGCAGGCUUGGUGAAAGCUAAAUUGAAGUAUUCUGAAGUUGGAUUAUGGCGCUUGGAGACUGUUGGAAGCAGCUGUCCUGGUUUUAUUACCAGUACCUGCUAGUGACAGCGCUGUACAUGCUGGAGCCCUGGGAGAGGACCGUGUUCAACUCCCUGCUGAUCUCCGUGGCUGCCAUGGCCAUCUACACUGGCUACGUCUUCAUGCCGCAGCACAUCAUGGCCAUCCUCCACUACUUUGAGGUAGUCCAGUGAGCCGUCUCCUCUGGCGUUCCACUAGUCCAGCCCGUCGUCCAUCCGCCUACCACAUCCUCCAACAACCCUCCAUUUUUCUGUGCUUGGAUACACGUCCCUGUUUGAAGUCGGACUGUCACAGGACUUCUCUCCUCAUGGAAUCCAGAUCAAAAGUAGAAGCUGGGCUCGCUGUGCUGGAGGCCAUGUAAGACUACAGCCAACCGCUGUGAGAGCGGACAUUGUAAGCAGUGUUUUACUUGGAGAAGUGCUUAGUUUCAGCUGUUUGCUUUUUCACUUUGACUCAAGUGAACUUUACUGUUGGAGUGAUGUGUAGUUUGUUGGACUGUACUUUGCUUUUGCUAUCCUCUAGUUCAGGGACGCCCAAAGUUGGUCCUCGAGGGCCGGCAUCCUGCAUGUUUUAGUUCUCUCCCUGGAGGUAGUAACAACUUUUUCACCUCGUCUAUGUUCCUCUUAGGCCUUCCAAGGAAGGGAGAGAACUAAAACAUGCAGGAUGCCGGCCCUCGAGGACCAACUUUGGACACCCUGCUCUUGUUGUCCUGUAGUUGUUUGACUGGCUGAGCAGGAUGAGAUCUUUAGAUCUGCUUUCCAUCUCCUGUGAUGAAGCUCAGCAUUCCUCCAACCUGAUCUGGACAAUUAAACCAUAUGCAGCAUACAGGGAGAGCCUGUCAGCUCUGUUACAGCUAGUUAACAGCAAGCAGUUUUUUUCACUAUAAACAUGCUGUAGUUCUCUUUAUGGCACACAAUCCUUCAUAUAGAUUUUUAUUUUUAAUCUUCUGACUUUUCUUUCAGACUCAUCAUGUUUAGUUAUAUUUUAUCUUUAGAUCUGAAUGUUUUUUUAUUUUAUUUUAUAAUUUUUAUUUGAACUAAGUAGAUUGUUGCCAUACUCUGCAUCCCAAAAUAUAGUUCACUUAUUGAGUAUAAAGAAACAAUCUGCAAAAGUUUUAACAUUUUUCUGUCCAUCAUGACUUUUCUGAUUCUUAACUUCAAAUCUAUAAACAUACAACAAAUAUCUGUAAAAUUAAUUCCAUUAACCACUACUUUGAGGAAUUCUAGCUCUAGAGUGAAGCUCUUCAUAGAUGAGUUAUAAACUGCGAAAAGCUGACAAAUUCCUUUACAGAUGAUGGAUCUAGGAAAUAGGUUGCAAUGAAAUGAUUGUGAAAAUCUGAUUGUCAAGAACAAAAACAUCUCUUUGAACUUCCUGUAACUCAAGAUAUGUUUUUUAAUAAUACUUUCUAUUUAUGUUUGACAUGUAAAAUAAUGUUAACCUUCCUGUGGUCCAUCGAACCCCUCAAGCUUUUGAACCUGUAUGCGGUCCGGUGGGGUCGCACUGACCCUGUGUGCGCUUCCUCGUUGUCUGUCACGGCAAGACCGCAGGAGGGUUAAUCAAUUCAAGGUUUAGGUUGUUUUUCAGUUUUCCUUUAUUGUUCAUUCCAGAGAUUUAAUUGUGGUUUUCAUAUUUGUUUAAUCUCUGAAAUGCUCCAACCAAUCCUCAGGCAUCAUUAUGGGCAGCAGUUACCUCCAUCCCUGUUUUAAUUGUUCUGUUUGCAGGUGUUGGAGGAUAUUAUUGUGGUUGAAUUGCAAAAUUGGACCAGAAUUUGUUUUCUGAGAGCCAAAGUUUGUGAGAAUUUGGGGUCUAUUCUCAGUACAGUGCAGCUCCUUAUAUGCGAUCUCAGUGGACCAUAACAAUCUGUUCCUCCAGCUUGGCACUUGAUCAACACAUCAGGAAGGAUUUAUUGGACUGUCGAAAGGAAGGUUCAGUGGGAAAGAAAAUCAGUCAAAAUAAGGCCUAAUCUAAUUAAGUCUAAGAUAAUUUGUCCUUAUAACAACAUAUCAGAUAUCCUUUUUAUAUUUUGGUUGCAUUUAAUAGCAACAUAAACUCCCACUGCCACAGCUAACACUUUCUCCUGCUAAAAUAUGUACUUUUCUUGAAUGUAUAUAUUCUUGUAUACAUCUUUGUAAAGUUUUGUAGUCAGAUAAUUUGACUUAAGGAGAUGUUUUGGUGAAGUCAUUGUAAUACCAUUCUAUAUAUCUGAAAUGAUUAAAGUUAUACUUGUUUUACCUAC